AUGUCAGUAGGAACAUUUGUAGAUCCUACCAUGCCUGAUGAUCACAAUUGUUACACAAUGUACCCUGGAGACGUCAUAAAGAUAAAUAAGGUAAAUCCGGUCGAAAUUAAGGAAACCCCUAAAAAAAGGAUAUUUUAG